AUACUAGAAAUUCCACUGUUAUAAUUUAUUUAAGUCUAUCAAAAUGUCAAUUGAUGCUUAUUUUUGUUUUUGCUGCUUAUCAACCAAUGAUUUAAUAAAUUUAUACAGUGAUAAACCCGAUACAAACUAUGCCGAAAUGCUUAAAGACCUUUAUUCUAUUCAACCUUUACAAGAAGAUUACGAAGACGACAGUUUCGUGUGUGAAGAGUGUGCCCGGGCGCUGCAGGAGGCACGGAAAUUCCGGCGUCAAGUUCUUGAAACCCUCAACGCUCUGCAGGUUAAUGGAUUAAUUCAACUGGAUAAAUCAGAAAAUUGUACACUAGUAAGGAAGGUCUCCGGAGAAUUAGUUUUAGAAGCAGAUGUCAAAUAUAAUGUUGAGGAAAAAAAACUGACUGAAGACGAUAAACAAGACCUAAACCAUCCAGAGUCUGCAGAAAAAGAUAAGAAACAACCCAGCAUAGCACUAGAAAGAGAGAAACGUAUCACAGUAGCCCGGAAAAGAAAGAAAGAGCCUACUGUCAAGAAUGAGGUCCAAUAUGAGGUUACGGAUGACUUCAAGUGUGUCGAGUGUGGGUUGGUGCUGGCCAAUGCAUAUGUGUACCAUGCGCAUAUGAAUAAACACUUCCCGAAUCAUAUUUGUGAGACUUGCGGGAAAGGUUUCCUGACAAAGAAGAGACUCAAACGCCACAUGCCAUCUCACAUUAAAGGCCCGUUCAAAUGCGACCAGUGCGACACGGAGUUCCAUAACUACAACUCAUUGAAUUCACACAGACAACGCAAGCACAAGUCUGUGGAUCUGUACGCGUGCCCGCACUGCCCGUCCCGCUUCCCCACGCUCACGCGGCGCGCGCGCCACCUCGCCGCGCGGCACGGCGCUAGAGCACCCCACACCUGCUCCGUAUGCUCCAAGGAUUUCUUACUCGCAGGUAACCUGUCGACUCACAUGCGCAACAAGCACUUCAAGGAGAAACGCCACUUCUGCGUGGAGUGCGGCGCCGGCUUCUUCCAGAAGCAGGAGCUGCGCGGACACGUGGCGGCGCACACCGGCGCCAACGAGCACCACUGCGCGCUCUGCGAUAAAAGCUAUCCUCGCAAGAAAGCGCUCGACGUCCACAUGAGGGGCCAUCGCGACGAGCGACGGUUCCAUUGCGAGCUCUGCGGCAAGAAGUUCCUGCAAAAAUGCACCUUGAUUACACACGCUAAGACACACAAUCGCGAGGCACAGAAGAAACUGGACGCCUUAUAACCUCGUUAGGCCCAAUGUGCAUUAUAAUGUACACUCCGUUUCAAUCCAAUUAGAACCUU